AUGAAUUUAAAAUUACAAGUAUUACUUUUGAUAGUUUUGUGCUUGGGAAUACAGGGAAAGAGUUCUGAAGAGCGGCAGGAUAUUCGCGGUCAUGUGAAGAGCGAUGCAACUGCGCUUAUAUUUGCUGACGAAUUCAAGCAGACGAUAGAGAAGUAUCUCUUCGGAAUAUGCCCGCAGCCAUAUAAGACCCGUUGGUUGCAGAUGACGCUGGGGAGUAAGACAAAGAACGGGACCACCUUCUCCUGCGACCUCGAUACGGAUCACCAGGAUUUAGCAGCAAGGCUUGCAACAUUAGCGUUGAGAGCUCAUUCGGCAUCGCGUUCAGAUUGUCUAAGACUAGGAGCGGCGCUGGCGAAUACGCUCGGAGAUUUGGCGCGAACAGCUGCGAACCAACAAAAUAUGUUUCCCUCUACAUCAGCGGCUGAGACGAAGAAGAGAAAGUUAUCAAAGAGCCAAAAAAUGCAGAUAAAAGCUAAACAACGUACAGCACUCGCCGUUAAGAAGAAGGCCGCUGCUGCCGCCGCCGCCGCCGCUGCUAAGAUGACGUCAUAA